AUGUCGGCUCCUGCGAUUCCCAUUCCCCCUAAUAUCGGCUCCAUUGCGGCUUCCCAGCUCAUCGGUUCUCUGCUUAAUUUCUGCUUAUACGGCGUGUUGGCGGUCCAAGUUUACAUCUGGAGGCUGUCGUUCCCAUCAGACAAAGCUACAAUCAAGUGGCUGGUCUACCUCAUCUUCCUCGUCGAAACCGUCGCCACGGCUCUAAAUGGCUAUGACAUUUACUAUUGGUUUGCAGCCGGAUUCGGGGACAUUCUGCGAUUCUCUAAGCCGCAUGUUUCGCCAUUCUACACGCCGAUCUUGGGCUCUGUUAUGGCAUUGGUCGUACAAACUUUCUUUUCCUGGCGCAUCUACAUUAUCAAGCGCCAGGUCUGGCCCCUUUGCAUAUUUAUACUCCUGAUAUCGUUACUCCAAGCAGCAGGGGGUCUUGGUGGUGGAAUCUCUUCUUAUCUCAGUGCUAAUGAGGAGCAUGACCACAAUCGGGUUAUCUUCGUCUACCUUUGGCUCAUUGGCGAAGCUGUCGCCGAUGUAUUGAUCGCGGUGACGAUGACCUAUCUACUUCUCAAAGCGGGACAACAGCAGCAUCGGCAGACAAAUGACAUUGUGAAGCGAAUUGUACGCUUGACUGUCGAGACAAACACAGCAUCAACCGUCGUUGCCAUCAUCUCCCUGAUUCUCUUCUAUGGAACUCCCAAUACGACCUAUUUUAUUGCGCCAACGAUGGUCCUCGCGAAGUUGUAUGCUAACACCCUCCUCGUCACCUUCAACAACCGCGCGUUCAUCCAUAAAGCAGGCUCCUCGCACGUGCAGUCGUCGACGGGCAUGUCUAACACAUACACCGGCAGCACUAGCGCGAAGAAAAGCCAACCGUUUUCUGCCGGCCUGGGGUUGGGAACAAAUAACGAGGAGCGAAUGACGUUUGCCGAUCCAGGGCGGGUGACCAUUACAUCGACAUCGCGUCGAGAUUACGAGUUUGACGAUGGGAGUCGGAGGGGGGAUGCAUAUGCGCUUGAGCGCUUCGAUUCAACGCCUGCGAGUCUUCGCGAUAAGCCCAAUAACGAAUUGUGA